CCCCCCCUCCUCCUCUCUCUCUCUCUCUCUCUCCGGGAGAGGGGGGAGAGAGACAGAGAGAGAUUUGUCGAUAAAUACCACUCCAUCUGGGCUCCUCCUCUCGAAAUCACAGAGCACAAACUCUCCUAUCCGAGUCGCAACCCAGAAAUCAAGUCCUCUCUCUCUUUGAAAUAUAACCCAGAAGAAGAAGAAGAAGAAGAAGAAGAAUAUAUAUAUAUACAUAUAUAUAUAUAUAGAGAGAGAGAGAGAGAGAAUAAUGGCGAUGAGGAAAUCAAACAAGCUGGCGCAGACGGCGGUGCUGAAGCAAAUCCUGAAGAAAUGGUCGAGCUUGGGGCUUAAGAAAUUACAGGAAGAGGAGGAGCUGCCGGUGGACGUGCCGAAAGGGCACUUCGUAGUGUACGUGGGGGAGAACAGGAGCAGAUACAUAGUCCCCAUCUCCUUCCUCACUCACCCGGAGUUCCAGUGCCUUCUCCAGCUAGCCGAGGAAGAGUUCGGCUUCCACCACGAUAUGGGCCUCACCAUCCCUUGCGAAGAAGUCGUCUUCCGAUCCCUAACUGCAAUGCUCCGAUGCUAGAUCCACCCAUCCAUCCAGGGAUUCGUAAAUUAAUUAAUUUGUAGGCAUAUAUAUAAAUAUGGCGAGGGGAUCUGAUCGAUGAUCAGAUCAUGAGACCACAGGGAGAGAGGGGGAGAGAGAUGGCCAAGACGAGGCGGUUGGUUUUGAUUUGCUGCCACUGCUUCUUCUUUUUUUUUUAACAUCUCUUUCUCUCUCUUCACUGCUGCUUGUAGUACAGUCGACUGUGUAGUCUCAUUUCUCUCUCUAACCCGAAACUAUGAAUAUUUUGUGGGUUAGAGGAUGAUGAAUUUGUGUAAAUUAGUUGGAGAUUUUUCUCGCGGAGGCUGCUUUGAUUAAUUACACCCCGUGGAGACAACUUAAUUUGAUGCUUAAGCAAUUAAGCUUUUUUUC